AUGGCGUUCUCCAAGGCCCUAGUCGCUCUCAUGCUGGCGCUGGCGGCGACGGCGGUGUCCGCCGCCAUGCAGUACGACCCCCCCAGCUGCGACGGUCACAAGGUGACGGUGCAGAACCUGUGCGACCACGACCUGCGGCUGAACAUCGAGCCGCUGGCCAACAGCAAGCUCCUCUUCAGCAACGGCUACCUCCUCCCACGCGGCACCCACCGUGAGUUCCCGGUGUGCGCGUGGACGGGGCGCGUGAAGCUGUACGGCGCCGACAUGGUGGAGUUCCACCUGGGGCACGAAGGCGGAGGCUGGUACCAGCUCACCCCCGGGCCGACCAAGUCCACCAUCCCCGUCUCCUGCACCCCGCACGGCAAGCUCCAGGGCCACUGCCCCACCGCCGGCUGCAACAGAUCCAAGUGCUUCGAGCACUCCGUCCCCGGCGGCAACUGCCACGGCGUCUCCGAGAUGAAGAUCGUCUACUGCAGCACCUAG